CAGUUCGCAGUUCGCAGUACGCAGUUCGAAAACGGUUCUCGUCUCGUCGACGGUCGCUCGUUUGCUUGGCGUGCCAAGAGGCAGAAGAAGCAGCAUUGAAAAUAAAAUUUUGCCAAAAAUUCAAAAUUUGUUUUUUCAAUCGCAACGCGAAGAAAUGCGACGCGACAACAAAUAAAUUAACAAAUAAAUCAAAACAACAAAAUCAGGUAAAAUUGAAUAUAAAAAGUGCGUGAAUUACCAACUGCAGUUAAGUUCUUAAUUAUAUAACGCUACAAGUGCAGCAGAAGAGAGAACGCUCUCAGCAAAUCUUCGCUUCUGCAACGCCCCUCAAUAACCAAAACAAAACAAAAAAGAAAAAUCAAAAGCAACAUGCUGAUGCACACCACAUCGACCACAUCGACGGCAACGAUGACCAACUCAUCCUCAUCGGCCACGCCCACGCCGGGCUCGACGUCGUCCAACAACAGCGCCACGCUGGAGACGCUGCAGCAGCAGCAGCAACAGCAGCAGCAGCAGCUGCAACAACAACUGCAGCAACUGCAUACAACAAACAAUUCGCGGCCCCCCUCGCGCGCGCCCUCCAUACUGGACAGUCCCACGCUGGCGCGUGUGGAACGUGCGCGUCUGCGUCUGGAACAUGAACGCGAACGCGAACGCAGCAGCCAGCGCAGCAGCCAAGGAGGAAGCGGCGGCGGCGGCGGUGGCAGCAGCAGCGGCACAGGCAGCACAGCAACGACCAUGAAUCGCGAGGAUAGCCUGGAGCGCAGCAUACUCGAUCCAAAGAAAGACGCGGCGCCCUGGCAUCAGAUGUGGACGCAUAUGAAGCGCCUCUCACACGCCUCAAAAGUCAACUCGACGAGCAGUUUGACAGCACAGAAAACAGACGUGGGCGUUGUCCAUCAUCACCUGACAGCAAACAAUAACACAACAACCAGAACAACAGCAACAACAACAAUUAAUGCUGGCUCAGGCAGAGGAACAAUGCCAGGCAAAUGCAUAUUAUUUCCGGAUAAGACGUCCUCAUUGAAAAGUUCCAUGUAUACGCAACAGGUCUACUUCAGGCCCGAUAUGCAAUCGCUGCUGGCAGGUCGCAUACCUGUAGCCUCCAUGACGGGACCCAUUAAACGCGGACUACUCCUACAGCAACGGGAUCGUCUCUUCUCGCGUUGGAAGGAGAGAUACUUUGUGCUCACCCGCGACUAUUUGCAUUGCUUUCUACGUGCCUCGGGCUCGGCCAAUGAACGUGCCUCGGAUAUGGGACAAUUUAAAUUUAAGAUCAAACUGGUGGACGUGGAGAAGGUGGAAUGGCUGAAUCGACGCUCGUACAGCGUCAUCGGGCUGCUGCUGGGACGCGAGGGUCGCGUGCUCUUGCGCUGCGACGAUGGCCUCGAGGAUUGGUUUGAGCUGCUGGAGGAAUGCACGCUGACAUCCAAGGAGCGCCGUCGCGCUCUGAAGAUCGCCCAGGGUCCGAGAUCGCGGGCCUCCCUAGCCGCGCCCGUCUCGCAUGCCUCGCUGCAGUUCCAGCACUUCGGCCUAGGCAGCACCUACUCCAGCGCCCUGGACGAUUGGCUGAUGACGAAUGGCGCCGGCGGCGGCGGUGGCCUGGCACGUCACAAAAUCGGCGCUGGCAGCUUGAAUGGCUAUGCGGGCGCCAAUCCAUUUCUGUUCAGCGAUUCGGUGCCGGACUUGAGUGCAUUGAAUAAUGAGAAUCACAAUCAUCAUUUGAGCGGCAUCUCAACGAAUCACUCCACGCCACAGAAGAUACCGCACCACAGCAAUGCGAAUCUGAGUCGCUACUCGAAUGGCUAUGCCUCGGCCCAGAAUAGCUUUACGCAGGCUGGUGGCGCUUUGUAUGGCUCGCCACGGCGCAUUUUUAUCAACAGCAGCUUUGGCUCCAAUCAGGUGGUGGACGAGGAGACCGCCGAGGAGGCGGAGGUGCAGCUGCGUCGGCCGCGGCUCUUCCGUGGCAUCAGCGCCCAACCGGACAAUGGCAACGAGCUGGACAGAGAUUGGCUCUAUCGCAAGCCGCGUGCGCCCACCGAUAUGCGGCACUCAGUGCAACCAAUGCUGCCCACUCACAACACGAACGGCGGCAGCAAUGCUGGCCUGGCCAACAAACAGGAGCUGGACUGCUCGGCACAUGAUAGCGGCCUGGACACACCGCCGUCAACACAUCGUCCCUCGAGCUAUCGGGAGGCAGCGAGUCGUGAUAGCACCGAAACCAAUGGCAGCUCUUCGCGUGGCACACUGCUGAACAACUCGCCAGGUGGAAGCUUUCGCGCCAAUAAGCUGAGCGCCCAGGUAAACAAUCUGAACCAGCUGAACUCCUUGCACGGCUCGCGCUACUCGGUGCAGGAUCAGCGCAUAUUGAAGAUGCGCAACAACGAAGAGGAACGCUGCGCGUCCAUCAAGCUGGCCAAUCGCCUGAACCACAAUAAUGAUCAGAACACCACCGCCUAUGAUCCCAAUCAGAAUCGCUACUAUAAGAAUGGUAAUGCCACGCCUCCGAUUUCACUAACGCCCCAACAUACGCCACAGCACAAAAUGAUGCACCAUGGCAAUGGCAACGGCAACGGUACGCUCAACGGCAAUGGCAGCUCCGGCAUGAACGGAUCUGCCAUAUUCCGGGAGCGCUAUCAGCAUCCGGCACUGGCGGCCAUCAUCAACGAAGCGCAGGGCUUGAAGUUUCGAGAACGUGCCUAUUCGGAUAGCCAGCAACGUCGUCUGAACAACAACAACAAUGGGCCAACCCCGGUGCCCGCCUCACCGUUGGCCCAGAGACGCAACAAUGUCCCCAUAUUUGGAACACCCACGCGCGUAUAGCGGCUAAAAGUCUAAGAAAAAUGAUAUGUGAGGUCGUAGAACACUUAAAAUAUGCAUUACCAUUAGCCCAAUAAGUAGCUUAAUGCUUAAGUGAAUCCAUUAAAUUAGUCAACGGAUAAUAAUUGAAUAAAGGAAUAAUACAGAAAUUAGUUAUAAGCAAAUCCAUAUGUAAUAUAUAUAAUUCAUAGAAUUUUAAUGCAGCGACUUUACAGCGCUUGGUUAACAGAUGCCAGCGAAAUAUAAUAGCAAUUAUACACAUACAUAGUUUAAAUAUGUAGCUUAAAUAAAUAAAUACAAGUCUCAAGUAGUUUUAGUAUGCUACAUUGUCCAGCUUUAUGUAAAACGUUAAAUAAAAUAAAAAGCGACUUUGUUCUGAAUUUUGACUACAAAUCAAUUGAAUAGUAUUUUUUUUUUAUUGACAUUAACUAUAAAUGUUUAAUUUGUUGUGGCCCGAAAGUCUUUAAGCUUUAGAAAAAUAAGAUAAUGAAAUUGAUUUGUAUCAAAAUUUAGAACAAGGUUUUCAAUAAAAUCAA